UAGCUCAGCAAGAAAUUUAACUUGCUGCUAUUUUAACAGUAUAGUUUCAUUUAGAGUUCAACUCUCUUGUGCCGAUUGAGACAUGGAUAUAUAUGAUUACCGCGGUGAAACCAUCUAUGAGCUCUGGGUAAGCAUGGCUGUCUAUCCCUGGCGGCUGAUAUUAGCAUUUUUUUCUUGGUCUGCUCAGGAACAGGCCAUAAAGAUAAUAGAGUACGGCCAAAACGGUUCCUUCUUGCUGCAGCCACGAAAUUUGAGCCAAAUUAUGCUAGCUUAGCUACAUCUUCUUGGUAAAAACAACGUGGCAUGCAGCAGCCGCAACUGAAUAUAUCAAGGUAAUAACUACACACCAGCCAGAGCGCUGACAUAAAAGUGAAAAAAAUCCCAGUCUAAAGGGCCUAAAUGGAUAAAAGUGAAAAAGAAUGCCUCAACAUCACAUGUUUAAUUCCAAAUUUUUUUCAUUUCUGAAGACGGAACCAUCCAGGCAUCAGCAGAGCUGUAGAGCAGAUUGAGGAGACAACAGGGCGAGGCGACAGACAGGAGACGAGUUUGAGCCUGUUUGGUUCAGCUUUUUUCUGAUCAGCUUUUCUGAAAAUCUGGCUGUUGAGAGAAUCUGGCUGUGGGGAGAAUCUGAGUAUCAUUAUGAUUACGUGUGUAGGAAGAUAAAGUUAUUCAUAGGCUCAGGAUCUAGAAAGUGACGGAUUCCUACUAUUACAACGACUCAACCGAUUAUGUGUUUAUGUUGAUUUUGGAUGAUUUUUGCCCCAACGAAUUUUAUAAAAGCUGACUGAAAAGCUGAGCGUUUUACGGUCCGCAGCAGCUUUUGGUGGCCAUAAGCUACCAGAAGUCGAAACAAACAGAGCCUUUGUCCAGCGCCUCCAAUCCAACCGAACAGUCUGACCUGGCCAACUCCUCCUCCACGCGUCACAUCACUGGCACACGUUCCUUGAACGCGGUCUACGGUUGGUUUACGGCCACUGUUCUGAGGGUCCCCCGAAAUCAUGCCGCGACACACGCUUCCACAGAUCCUCCAAAAUCCUAUGUAACCGAGCCUACCCGACGGGCUCGAGCCACCUGAGUGCACCGGGUCCAUGGGCCGAGCAUGCGCGCGUUUGGGCAGCUCGACCGUUCGGCCGGUACGAGUGUAUGAACCGGGUCCAGAGACAUGACCGGAACCUCUCCUUCUCGCAUCACCCUCCCGGAGUCUGCCCCCACGCCCACCCAUUGAAAAGCAGAGCGGCUGCCGCUCUCCUCCUCCUCCUUCCUGGACAAAAUCAUCAGCUCCCGAAAUCCAAAUUGAAACAGUUGCAGGCGAUUCUGAGCUCGGGUUUUGUUCCGGGGACGGAUUCCUGUGCCGGCGGACGGGAUGUCAGGCCCUCUCGACCGAUUUGCUAGGCCAUGCUUUGAAGGGUUUGUACAUAACGAUGAAAGGAAAGAGAGCAGAUCUGAUGCAGACAACUCAGAAGGAGAUAAGAAGACUAAGAUUGGGUCUUUCAAGAAAAAAGCAAUUAAUGCGGGGAACAAAUUCAGGCAUUCCUUGAGAAGGAGAAGCAAAAAAAAGACCGAAAGGGGGGAUUCCAUCAAGGACAUAAGGGACGUUAAAGAGCUUCAAGAUGUUGAGACAUUCCGACAAUGCUUAAUUGAUGAGGAUUUGCUGCCACCACAGCACGAUGAUUAUCACAUGAUGUUAAGGUUCCUAAAAGCACGGAAAUUUGAAGUUGAGAAAGCUAAGAGUAUGUGGUCAGACAUGAUCAAUUGGAGGAAGGAAUUCGGAGUCGACAAAAUAGAGGAAUUUGACUACACCGAGUUAGAUGAAGUGACAGAGUAUUACCCACAAUUUUAUCAUGGAGUAGAUAAAGAGGGAAGACCUGUCUACAUAGAAUUAGUAGGAAAAGUUGAUGCAAACAAGCUAAUACAAGUGACAACCCUAGAUCGGUAUGUAAAAUACCAUGUCAAAGAAUUUGAGAAGUGCUUCCAGAUGAAAUUUCCAGCUUGCACCAUUGCUGCUAAAAAGCACAUAGAUUCGUCCACUACUAUUUUGGAUGUGCAAGGCGUGGGUUUCAAGAACUUCUCGAAAUCUGCCAGAGAAUUAAUCACACGAUUACAGAAGAUCGACAGUGAUAACUACCCAGAGACACUGUGCCGGAUGUAUAUAAUUAAUGCUGGCCAAGGCUUCAAGAUGUUAUGGAGCACAAUAAAAUCAUUCCUCGAUCCAAAAACUGCUUCCAAGAUCCAUGUUCUUGGGAAUAAGUAUCAACAUAAGUUGCUCGAAAUAAUUGACGAGUGUGAACUGCCAGAAUUUCUUGGUGGCAAAUGCAAUUGUAUUGAAGGUUGCCAAAGAUCUGACAAAGGUCCUUGGAAGGAUCCCAACAUAAUAAAGAGAGUCCUCAAUGACGAGGCAAACUACGGCAGACAAAUUGUGACCAUAUCCAGCAUUGAUGGAAAAAUAAUACGUUAUGCUAGGCCAGAUCACCCAACUAGAAAAGGGAGUGAUGCAUCUGCCGAGUCUGGAUCUGAAGUGGAAGAUGUAACAUCUCCUACUGCAUCAAGGAACCUGAUUACACAUCCUAUUUUGACCCCUGUUCACGAAGAGUCAAAAUUGUCGCCACAUGGUUCCACAUUUGUUGCUCAUGCUUCUAUUGAAGAAAACAUUCCUGUUGUAGACAAGGUUGUGGAUGAUGGAUGGGGUACUCCCAGAGGUAGUCUCCAAGCUUCUUCAGGUUCGUUGCCCUCGAGAAACACGCACGGCACAUUCGAAGGACUGAGAGUUCAAGCUGUCGCAUGGCUGACGUUCUUGAUCACGGCCCUUUUCGCCACGCUCUGUUCCGUCCCGAGCAAGAUGGCCAGAAGGAUCUCCAGCCAGUCUAGCAAGCACGACGACUACCGCGGCGAGUAUCCUCAAGAGGAGGAGGAGCACAAGGAGGAGUUCCGGCCUCCGUCUCCUGCCCCGUCCUACACGGAGAAGGACGUGCUCUCGUCGAUGCUGAGACGGCUCGGUGAGCUGGAGGGCAGGGUGCAGGUGCUCGAGACGAAGCCGUCCGAGAUGCCGUUUGAGAAGGAGGAGCUGCUCAACGCAGCCGUCCGCCGCGUGGACGCGCUGGAAGCCGAGCUGAUCUCCACGAAGAAGGCCCUUUACGAUGCUCUGAUGCGACAGGAUGAGCUGCUCGCGUACAUUGACAGGCAGGAGCUGAUCAAGUUCCGUAAAAAGAAGUUCUGCUUCUAAGAUCUGACCAUGGAGCAGCUGGUCAUGUCCGGAGCCGUUCGUGUAUAUUGUUGGAUCGCGGCUAGUACGGUGAAUGAUGUAAUGUGUCCAUCUGUACAAGUGUGUAACGGAACGGUGUAAGUAUAGUAGGAAAACAAUGUGUUAGCUGUGCGGUAGCACUUGUGUGCUAGCCUAAAUUGUAAUCUUGCAAGUCGGUGCAUAGCUGAUUGCGCACCAAUACGUAGUUAUGAAUGGAAUCGCACUCGUGUUCGUAUAAAAUAAAAUAAAUUAGCAGCGCCAAAUGUUUAAAAAUGAGGCGCAAGAGAGUGCC